ACACAACAAGAAGCACAAUACAGAUUGUUUCGUUCCUUAUGCGAACCAUUUUAAGUGAAACAAACAAAAGAAAAAGACAUAUUUUAAAAGCAAAAAAGAGUAUUUAGAGCAGCAACAACAACAACAACAACAACAGCGCGUCAUCAAUUACGCCAGUGAAAAUCGUAUGACCGCCUUUGUUGUCUGCUUCCAUCAUUCAACAAAAGCUCAUGCUCAACAUUUUUCACAAAAAUCGAUGUAGCACUCAACUAUUUGAAUGUCAAGACUUCUAUCCUGUAUCUCAUUCAGGUUAAUUAAUUAAGCAUAACCAAAUCUCUCUUUGCUGCUUUGGGCGGAAAAUCCUCAACUCCUUUCUGGCGCAUCGGACACUUUUUAAUCCGUAAAGACCGUAUCAUGUCCCGCCAGAAAUAUUCAUUGAAACCCUGGAAUUCCUUCGGUAUUGCGGCUUAUGCCAACAGAAUUAGCAUGGUAGAUAGCGUAGAAGUACUUUGCCAGUGCUGGCAGCAAAGUGCUCAGCAAAAUGAGCCGGUACUGCUGUUGGGCGAAGGGAGUAACGUAUUAUUUCUGCAGGACUUUGAUGGACAUGUGCUGAUAAAUCGUAUUAAAGGCAUCAGUAUUACUGAGAGAGCAAACGCAUGGUCAUUGCACGUCGGUGCCGGUGAGAACUGGCAUCAACUGGUGGAAACCACUCUGAAUAGGGGAAUCGCUGGCCUGGAGAACCUGGCGUUAAUCCCGGGCUGUGCUGGCUCAGCGCCGAUUCAAAACAUCGGUGCCUACGGCGUUGAGCUGGAACAGGUAUGUGAGUAUGUAGAUAUCGUCUAUCUCCCUGAUGGCACGGGCCAACGUUUAAACGUAGCUGAGUGUCAGUUUGGCUAUCGCAACAGCGUGUUUAAAAAUCACUACCGUGAUGGCUAUGCCAUUAUUGCAGUGGGAUUAAGUCUGAAGAAAAACUGGCAGCCAGUACUGAGCUACGGUGAUUUGCGCAAUCUUGACCCACAGACGGUCACACCGCGACAGGUGUUUGAUGCCGUUUGUCGAAUGCGCCAUAGCAAACUGCCCGAUCCUAAAAUCAACGGUAAUGCGGGCAGUUUCUUCAAAAAUCCGCUGGUAAGUGCUACUGUCGCCACGGAACUGAGCAUACAGUAUCCCGAUAUGCCACAAUACCUACAGGAAUGUGGUGAUGUGAAGCUGGCCGCUGGCUGGCUGAUCGAUUGCUGUUCACUGAAAGGAUUCCGCCUUGGUGGAGCUGCGGUGCAUAAACAGCAGGCGCUGGUGCUGAUUAACGCUGGAGCUGCCAGUGGACAGGAUAUCGUUAUUCUGGCGCGUAUCGUUCGUCAGCGCGUAGCGGAAAAAUUCAAUGUAUGGCUGGAACCUGAAGUACGCUUUAUCGCCGCUCACGGUGAAACGGAUGCUGUAGGGGUUAUUGAAUGAAUGACAACACUUUACCGUUAAAGCUGGCCGGGAUUUUGGCGGACGGUGAGUUCCAUUCUGGUGAGCAACUUGGCAAACAACUGGACAUGUACCGAAUUCUACCGUAAAAUAAAUGCUAAAUAAGUUUUUUCUCGUGCCAAGAACCCCCAAAUACCAGUUUUUAUAGCAAUCGAAUGUAAAACAAAUUUACUGCAAAAUAUCAUUACAAAAGUUGAAAGAACUCAAUAAAUCAAACCAAUUUCUAAAAACGUUGACUUUGUCAAGUCUGAAUUAUGUAAGAUCAGUAGUCUAAGUGGCGACCAAUAAAGUAAAAGUCUAGCUCAUUGCAGUUGGUUAAUAAGAAAUUAAAACAUAUAUAUUUGACAACGUUGUUUGCAUAAGU